AUGUCCGUUGAUCCAACUGCUGAAGAAACCGUACUGCCUUUUGAAGAUGAGAGUCAUCGCAAGGAUCAUCCACUCCAAGGAUCCAAUUCAUCUUUGGUCGGUGAUCCUACAGAAGAUCCAAAUUUAUCGUCGUUCGGGGAUAUUACAGAAAAUCCCUUGCCGUUCGAAGACAUAUCAGACUGUCACCCCCGGGUCGAUACUCCAUUGGAAAAAUCCAGCCGAGCGAUCAAGAACAAAGCCGGCCAGCUUACCUUAGGCAAGGACAUAGUCAACAAGUCAAGAGAAAAAUCGAUCGAAAUGUUGAAACAACGAUCGAAAAUGGUCUACGGAGGCCAAGAACCAAAACAAAUCCAGCUAGACUCGGUUAUCGACUUGAUCCAUCGUCGUGAUACUUUUGUCCUCGCAGGGACCGGAAUUGGCAAGAGUCGAAUUGCUGAAAUGUAUUGGGAUCUAUUUCCCAAAUAUAAAAAGCCAAUCGUGUUAGUCUUGAACCCUCUGGACUCGCUUGGUGACAAUCAAGUGGAAGAGAAGAAAAACGCAAAAAUUUCAGCGAUCAAUUUAACAAAAAUGAACCUUAAUGAGGAAGUGGAGGAAAAGAUAUUGAAAGGAGCUUACUCUCUCAUAUACUUGAGCCCCGAGGUGUUGUUGAAUAAUCCAAUAUUCACUAGGAUAUUUUUCAAUGAAACGUUUCAGAAUCGUGUUUCGCUGGUAGUUGUCGACGAGGCGCACAUGAUUUAUGUGUGGGGAUUGGUCGCGAGUGGCAAAUCAAAAAAAAUAUUCUCACAUGGCCGCCAUCAGGAUCGAGGGGUCUUCCGUCCAUCGUAUGGCGAUAUUGCAUCUCGUCUUCUGGGGAUCAAUGCUCCGUUACUGCUUUUAUCAGCCACCUGUCGACCACAAGCCAUCAAAGCCAUACUCGAGAGCCUUAAAAUAACUGAAGAGGCAAUCACUUAUCGAAACGCAGAACUCAGUCGACCAGAGAUUUGCAUUGUCAGGGUUCCAAUGAAAUCUUCGCUGAAGUCGUGUGACGAUCUCUUGAAGCUCUAUGGCCCACGUUGCUGUAUCCCAGAUGACGAAAUAAUACCAACAUUAAUUUACUCAACCACUCAAAACCUUACCAUGCAAGUUUCCAAGGUUGUCCACGAGGGACGACGCAUUAUGGGUGGCCACAACGAUGCAAACAGUACCUUUGCUCGGAGGUUCCAUGCGUGUUCAGGUGAUAUGAGUAAGGAAGAGACCACAACCAAAUUUGCUGCUGGAGAUUUUCCAGUAAUAGCGUGCACUAUGGCCCUGGGCCUCGGGCAAAAUUGGAAGCGAGUCCGAUCAGUAAUUCACGUUGGACGAGGCGAUCCAGCAUCUAUCUGUCAGAUGAUUGGUCGGUGCGGGAGGGGAGGAUCAAAUGGAUUAGCUAUAUUAUUCGUCGAGAAGAAUCGUAGAUCUGGAAAGAACACUGUCAAAGAAUUCACCAACCCAACUUGUCAAACAGAUGACGAGAGGAUGGACGCCCUUGCUGUAACACCGGUCUGCUUGCGGAUAUGUUUCUCUAUAGAUAACAAGGUUGGAUAUGUCCCUUUAUCCUGUGACGAUCCAAAUGUGGCUCGAGAACGUGAUCACGAAAUUGCAAUGGACUUUCCAGCUUGUUUAUGCUCUAACUGCAAGCCAAAAGAAGCAAUGAGUGUUAUUGAUAACUUCAGAAAAUUCCGAACAUCCAACUUUGAUCACUACAUGGAAACUGGUGAAGAUUUACCAGACAAUCCACUAAACACCCCUUACAUCAGAAUGCCACAACAACCGACUUACCGACUUGGAUCAACAAAAGAACCAUUGGAUCCGGUGCUGGAAGAAUUAGCAAACCAACUCAUUCUAGAAUUUGGCCGACUAUUUAACAAAACAUUCGAUGCGGAGACAGCGGAGGUGCCUGCUGAUCAUAUGUUUGAGAUCCAGCAGGCAAGAGUGUUUGCUCUUGCUGUGAAAAAGGGGCUACCACUUACGGAAAUUACACGAGUGAUUGGUGGCGAGAUGAUUGAAGGGCAGAUGGAACAUUUAAAACAUACUGUAGUCGAUAUUUAUUGCACCGGAAGUACUUACCAGGUUUUCAUGGAAGGAAAAAACAAACGAAAAAGGAAACAUACAGCAGUUGACACCACAACCCCCAAAAAAAUUCCAACCAAAGCUGAGAUUGAAAAAGAGAGGAAGCGAUCGAAGUGGCUGGCAGAUCAAGUGUUUUUAGAGCAGUACAAACUAGAGAACGCAAUCCGGAUUCAGAAGAGAAAUACGGUACCCAAACCAACUGAAGCUAACUCAAAUGCAAUGCCCAAUCAAGCUGUCUCGUCGUCCUCUUCAUCAUGA